GCGCAAGUCAGAAUCAUUCAAAAAACGUGAUCGAGGAGGAGGGGUGCGUGAUCUGUAAACAAUCAUGGCGCUGUGCAGAGUGUCUGUUCAGGGGCUGCUUGCGGUCAGAUGGGGUUGUGCGAUCAGACACAAACUGCAGGGCAAAAGUGGAUGUGUAUUCAAAUCGUGGCUUCCAAACGCACAUCACCGAUUAAGUUCUGGGAUUGCUAAUGAUGGCUCUCGACAAGGAAGGAAUAGAACAUUUUAUGCACUCUUUGUGGGAAUGAGUACAUUUGGAGCUGGACUUUAUGUUUACCUAACACUCUCUGGAGACAAACAAAGAUUUAAAGAAAGAAUUUCAUCUUUGUCAACUGGCAUACAUCAUAUAGACAGGAAACCGACAAUUUCUGAGAACAUAGGUCCACUGAAAGACAAUAUUCCAUACAAAGAUGUAAUCACCAAUGUUCCUUACCUUCUGAUUGGAGGAGGAACUGCAUCCUUUGCUGCUGCCCGCUCCAUUCGUGCGAGAGAUCCAAGAGCCAGGGUCUUGAUAGUAUCAGAAGAGUUAGAUCUUCCAUACAUGCGCCCACCCCUUUCCAAAGAGCUUUGGUUCUCCCAAGAUCCUGAUGUGGCUCAAACCCUGAAUUUCAAGCAAUGGAAUGGCAAGGAGAGGAGUAUCUUUUUCCAGCCCCCUUCCUUUUAUGUGGCCCCAGACGAGCUGACGUCUGCUGAAAAUGGAGGUGUUUCAGUGCUUACUGGAAAAAAAGUUAUACACAUGGAUGUUCGAGAGAAUAAAGUGAGACUAGAUGAUGGAACUUUUAUCUCCUAUGAAAAGUGCCUUAUUGCCACAGGAGGAAAACCUCGGAAUCUUCCAGCCAUAGAACGUGCUGGUGAGGAUGUAAAGCAAAGAACCACACUUUUCAGAAAGGUGUCUGAUUUCCGUUACCUUAAUAAUCUCUGCUCCUCAGUUGGUUCCAUCACCAUCAUUGGAGGUGGAUUCCUUGGCAGUGAGUUGGCUUGUGCUUUGGGACGUAAAGGAAAGCAAACUGGUCUUGAAGUUAUACAGAUGUUUCCCGAAAGUGGUAAUAUGGGAAAAGUUCUUCCUGAAUAUCUUAGCCACUGGACCACUGAGAAGGUGCGAAGAGAAGGUGUUAAUGUCAUGACAGAUGCCGUGGUUAAAUCAGUCACUUAUAAUGGAAAACUUUGUAUUAAUCUAAAGGAUGGACGACAGGUACACACAGACCACAUUGUAGCUGCGGUUGGAUUAGAACCAAACACUGAUUUGGGAAAAUCAGCAGGAUUGGAACUGGAUGGUGACUUUGGCGGAUACAGGGUUAAUGCUGAGCUGCAAGCUCGCAACAAUGUAUGGGUGGCAGGUGAUGCUGCCUGUUUCUAUGACAUCAAGCUUGGCCGUCGACGUGUUGAGCACCAUGAUCAUGCAGUUGUGAGUGGAAGACUUGCUGGGGAGAAUAUGACUGGAGCAGCUAAACCAUAUUGGCAUCAGUCCAUGUUCUGGAGUGACCUUGGUCCUGAGGUUGGUUAUGAAGCUAUUGGCAUUGUUGACAGCUCCUUGCCAACUGUGGGUGUGUUUUCCCGAGCCUCUGAGAAAGACACCCCCAAAAGUGCAGCUGAACAAAGUGGCACUGGAAUUCGUUCUGAGAGUGAUAUACAAGAAUUACUGAAGACUGAAAAACCACCAUCGAUCCCUUAUUCCUCACCUUCAGCUCCUACACCACAGCAAGAAUCAUAUGGAAAAGGAGUGGUUUUCUACCUGCGGGACAACAUAGUUGUGGGAAUUGUGCUGUGGAAUAUCUUUAAUCGAAUGCCUAUUGCACGCAAGAUAAUCAAAGAUGGUGAAGAACACUCUGAUCUGAAUGAAGUUGCAAAACUUUUCAAUAUCCAUGAAGAAUAAUGAAGUUCCACAAGUCACCAUAAUUCUUCCACUUAUCAGUCUGAAUUGGAGCCUUUUAGAAAAUACUAGUGCGUUUUUGUUCUUACUGCUGCACAUAUACAUUCUACAUCCUGCAACUGCAAUGGCGCUAAAUCUAAGCUCAUAAUCAAUAUUCAACAUUAAUACAAAUGGAAAUAUAGGUCUGAUAAGA